AUGCUUCGAGCUAACAAUCUCCGGCGCUCCAUCCACGCCGUCCUCCGCCGCCGCCUCAACCACCCCUCCGCCGCAUCACACCCUCCCGGCCCACGACCCUUCUGCUCCACCUCCGCGCCACCUCCGCCUCCGCCGCCGUCCUCCACCUCCGACGCCGAGCUCCGCAAGUACAUCGGUUACACCGCCCUUGUACUCGGCUGCGCCGCCGCCACGUACUACUCCUUCCCCUUCUCGGAGGAUGCCAAGCACAAGAAGGCCCAGCUCUUCCGGUACGCCCCCCUCCCGGCCGAUCUCCACACCGUGUCCAACUGGAGCGGCACGCACGAGGUCCAGACCCGCACGUUCCUCCAGCCCGAGUCCGUACCCGAGCUCGAAUCGGUGGUCAGGGAAUGCAAUGAGAAGAAGCAGAGGAUCCGGCCCGUCGGGUCGGGCCUCUCUCCGAACGGGAUCGGUCUGACCCGUCUAGGGAUGGUGAAUUUGGCGCUGAUGGAUAAGGUUUUGGAGGUGGACGAGAAGAACAAGAGGGUUAGGGUUCAGGCGGGGAUUAGGGUUCAGCAGCUUGUGGAUGGGAUCAAAGAGUAUGGGCUUACUCUGCAGAAUUUUGCUUCCAUUAGGGAGCAGCAGAUUGGGGGCAUUGUGCAGGUUGGGGCUCAUGGCACUGGUGCAAGGCUUCCACCAAUAGACGAGCAGGUUAUCAGCAUGAAGCUGGUUACUCCAGGCAAGGGCACAAUAGAGGUCUCCAAAGAGAAAAAUCCGGAGCUGUUUUAUUUAGCUCGAUGUGGUCUUGGAGGGCUUGGUGUAGUUGCAGAGGUUACUCUACAGUGUGUCGAGAGGCAGGAGCUUGUGGAGCACACAAGUGUAUCAAACAUGAAGGAGAUUAAGAAGAAUCAUAAGAAACUUCUGUCCGAAAAUAAGCACGUCAAAUACCUGUAUAUUCCAUAUACCGACACAGUUGUGGUUGUGAAGUGUAAUCCUAUUUCUAAAUGGAAAGGUCCUCCAAAGUAUAAACCCAAGUAUACUCAGGAAGAAGCUGUACAGCCCGUGAGAGACCUUUAUCGAGACUCUUUGAAGAAAUACAGAAAAGAACUCGUCGCAUCAGAGUCUCCUGAUGGUAAUGAACCGGAAGAUAUCAACAAACUUUCGCUCACCGAACUUAGAGACAAGCUACUUGCUUUGGAUCCUCUGAAUAAAGAACACAUCGUGAAGGUGAAUCAAUCGGAGGCCGAGUAUUGGAGAAAAUCGGAGGGUUAUCGAGUGGGGUGGAGUGAUGAAAUCUUGGGAUUUGAUUGUGGUGGCCAACAAUGGGUCUCUGAAAUAUGCUUUCCAGCCGGGACUCUAUCGAAACCUAGUAUGAAAGAUCUAGAGUACAUAGAAAAACUUAUGGAAAUUAUCGAGAAGGAAAAUAUUCCGGCACCUGCUCCGAUCGAGCAGAGGUGGACAGCUAGCAGCAAGAGCCCCAUGAGUCCAGCUUAUAGUUUAUCGGGGGACGACAUAUUUUCUUGGGUUGGUAUAAUCAUGUAUCUCCCAACAACGGAUGCUCGUCAGAGAAAGACAAUUACUGAAGAGUUCUUUCACUACAGGCGUUUGACACAAGAAAAACUGUGGGAUCAAUAUUCAGCCUAUGAACAUUGGGCUAAGAUUGAGGUCCCGAAAGACAAAGACGAGCUUGCUGCUUUACAAGCAAGACUUAGAAAGAGAUAUCCUGUGGAUGCUUAUAAUGAAGCGAGAAAGGAGCUCGACCCGAACCACAUCCUCUCUAACAAUAUGCUCGAGAAGUUAUUUCCCAUAACCGAAACUGUAUGA